CCCGGCCGUUCCGUAGAUCGAAACCCUAACGCGGAGAGAGAGCGGCGGCGGCGGCGGCGGCGGUGGUGAGCGUAGCAAUCUCAGCAGUCAACACCCCUAUCCCCACCACCACAAGAACUGCGAUGGAUGUCGGCGGCGGCGGCGAGUAUGGCAAUCUCAACGACCCCAUCCCUUCCCCCACAAGAUCUGCGACGGCGGAUGGCGGCGGGGAAGAUGUCGUGGAGGGGAGCCCUCCGCCGUUCAAAAUCCGCAAGCUGGGCGCUCCGGGUACGAGUUCAAUUCUCGCUGAGGAUCAGAGUGGGGCCAUGGCUGCCAGGGACGGCAAUAUCGGCGUCGAGCGGAUGGAUUCGGAAGAGGCCAUUGAGUCGAUGGCUGCCAGAGGCGGGCAUGUGGAUACAGAGAUGACCCAAUUCAAGUGCGGCGAGGUUGCGGAUGAGGAGCUUCGGAAGGACGAGAUGAACGGAGGCAAAUCAAAGCAGCAGAUCAAGAACCCGGAGGAGGGGGAGGUGGAGAUGGACCUAGCCAAAUCAAACUCCAUCAUUUCUGUCUCUGAGCAGGAGAUCAAGGAGCUCUGCAAGCAGAUGGACGAGAUGGUCGCUUUUAUGAAUUACAGGAUCAUACCUUCAGCCCCACUCAUCUGCAGCAGCAGCAGCAGCAGCAGCAAGGAGACGAAAGAUGAACAUGACAAGGCACCACAGUCGGGGAUUGACGGCAUCUUACAGCGGCUAGCUGAUGUGCGCCGUGACAUGUCCAAGCUCAAAUCGGAACUGGCCCCUUUCUGGCACAAGUAUCCUCAUGAGAAGGUGCUGACUUCUUCAGAGGAGAGGGCGAAGAGGCUCAAGUCCAGGCAGGAGUAUGAGAAGAUGGAUAAUAAGGAGAAGGCCAGGAGGCAGAUGGAGUUCGACGCGAGUGACUUCGAGGGCUACUGUCAAGGCUUGACAUCUUUUGUUGAACACUUUGAAUUCAUAACCCUAGUGAGCCCCAUGCACUUCACACACUACACGCCCAGACAGAUCCCACACCAUCUUGCUACCUACGGGACCACCUUGCAGAUCUUGUCUUUUAAAAUUGCCAACAUCGAUUUGGACCUGGAAUGGCCACUCCUGGAAUGGCCACUCCAAGUGUAUGGUGUCGUCGCCGCACGAGACAAUGUGGAUCGUAGACGCAAUAUUCUCUUCUUGAGGGGAAGGAGGAACUUCCAAGAGAUCACCCAAGAAAAACCCUUCUUGUGCUUGACUGGCCCAUCUCGUGCAAUUUUGGCCAAUGACCAUGUUGACCUCGAAGUCCAACUAAAACUUAAAGGCCCAACAGAGUCUGAAGACAGAGUGUUGAUCACUAAAAGAUGCCAGUGCAGUGCCUAUCAUGCCGAUAAUGGUUUAUAUACUCUUACCUUGGAUAACCGUCUUUGCACAGCAGAGUUAAGCCUGCAGCAACUGUACUGUAAAUCAGUCCAAGCAACUUUCUUGCGUGUCGGUGGCUUUGUUAAAGGCAAUACAUCCCCUUUCAUUCAUGGAGGCCGAGUUGCCUGCUCCUCACCACCUCAUGGAGGCCAAGGAACUGCCCUGCCCAACCAAGUUGUGUUGCUUGAUUCUCGUUAUUGUGAUGGUGGGAAGAUGCCAAUAGGCGAAGAAGAUGGUUACCUUGAUCUGUCAAGGCAUGUUGUUUCUGUUGAAUUAAGGAGAGUUAGAGACGUUUCUGAAGAAUUGGAAGAAACCUUGAAUGUUUUCAUAGAAGCCUACUCAGACUCUCCUCCAGACUCUCCUCCUAAAGUUUCUGCGAAAGCUGAUUUCAUGGUCAAGCCUCGGUAUUGCGGCAUAAGUGAACAUGAAUGUGUCCUUGCCGGCUCUAUGGUGAAGAUUACCAUUGCUUGGUCACCUAUUCUUCGAACCAACAAGGUUAUUCUAUGAGAGGGAUAUAUGUUUGGCAGUGCUCGGGCGUGAAUGUUAUGAAGUAUACCUGUUAUAUCUAUCUAUUUCAAGAAGAAAGAUUAAUGGCAUGGUUUGAUGCCGCGUGAUUGUGAGAUCCUGUCGAGAAGAUCAAAAGAACGCACACAGAAAACAACCUGCCGAAACUAUGUACCUUUCAUGAGAUUCUUCCGAAAUCAGAAAUGUCGAUGCAGAUCAAAGGGAAGAAGACAAGGUGGUUACCACAGAUUGCAUCUGGACACUUGGAUGCAGACCUGAAUGAGACUGGGAGAGUCAGCCAGCUGUUGUGGGAUUGUAUGGCUCCCUUGUACUCCCUCUGUUCGGAAUUACUUGUCUCGGAAAUGGAUGUAUCUAGAACUAAAAUACAUCUAGAUACAUCCAUUUCUGCGACAAGUAAUUUCGAACGGAGGGAGUAUUACUACAAGACAUUUAGAGUAGCAUUUUUAUGUGGAACUUGUUUGACUUCAUUGUCAAGGUUGCUCGUUGGCUGUCUAAAGAAGCCAAACCAGCUUUCAUAUACUCAUCCGAGUUGAAGCGGACACCAGACACUGCAAGAACAAUAGCAAAAAUCUGCAAUCUGCAAUCUGCAAUCUGCAAUUUGAUAAGGAGGGAGGUUUUCUAUUGGUACUGCUAUCUAAAGAAACGUCUUAUAUUUUGAUAAGGAGAGGGAGCUCCACAGCAUAUGCUCCUAUGAUAUAGAAAGUCGAUACUAAUUUGGACCAGUAUCUUAGGUCGACCUGAAGACUUGCUAACAUGCCAACAAACAUGGCAAUGGUAGGUUUCUCAGUGGAGGCCGAGUGCAGCCUUGGGCGUCAAAUACAUCAUCCGGCCGUCCCCAGACAGUAACAACAAGUUGGCUGCAAAAACCAUUUAAUUUAUUUCAUAAUAUCGGUGGUCUAGUAUUAACAAGUUGCAUGCCAGUUGGCGUAUUUAGUAGCACUUGUCAUAUGUGAUGUAAGUAUGCCUCGUUUGUUGUUAAUUUGCACCAGUCGGGGGUAGGAUCUCA